AUGAAAGCAUUAGUUAGUAUAAAACGUGUAAUUCGUGUAAAACCUGAUUUUUCUGGUGUAGACACAAAAGUAGCUUAAUCAAUAAAUCCUUUUUGCGAAAUAGCCGUAGAAGAGGCAAUUCGAUAAAAAGAGAAAAAAACCAUAAACGAAAUCGUAGUUUUAACAAUAGGUCCAAAAACCUUCAAUUAAACACUAAAACAUGCUUUAGCAAUGGGUGCUGAUAAAGGGCUUCAUAUAUUGACUGAUUUAACUUCUGAUUAGUAACUUUAACCACUAAUUGUUGCCCGUAUAUUGUAAAAAAUCAUCCUAAGAGAUAAGUUUGACCUUGUUUUUUUAGGUAAAUAGUCAAUAGAUGAUGACUUUAAUUAAACAGGCUAGCUUCUAGCAGGUCUAUUAGACUGGCCUUAAGCCACUUUCGCUUCAGAAGUAAAAUUACUAGGUGAAAAUGCCGAAGUAAGUAGAGAAAUAGAUGGCGGAAUUCAAACAUUAAGCUUUAAAUUGCCUGGUAUUAUCACAUGUGAUCUUAGAUUAAACACACCAAGGUUCACUACAGUGCCUAAUAUUAUGAAAGCUAAUAAAAAACCAGUAGAAGAGAUAAAAUUAGACAGUUUAGGAGUAGAUUUGAAGACUGGAUUUGAAAUUUUAAAGACUGAAAGUCCUUAGGUUAGAUAAGGAGGACUUAUUUUAGAUAGUGUAGAUUCUUUAAUUGAUAAACUAAAAAAUGAAGUUAAAAUAUUAUGAAAUUAUUUUAAUUUUUUAUAUAUAAAGUGCUUAUUUUUUAAAUGUAUAUUUUUUUAUUUUUUACG